UGUCAGAAGUGGGAUCGUUUGCUGGUCCGUCCGGACCGAAGGACGUCGGAGACAAAGUCUUGAAGAAACCGGUACUGCAUCCUUUACCUCUACCCAAAAUUCCAUUCAGAGAAGAGGGGACUGGCGUCCUGAGGCCGCGACCAACCACAAAACGAUCUACAUAUCACUUCGGGAAUGGUGCAUGUCGAGGUGACGACGAGACUCCCCCUCCUUAUGCCCCACCUCCUCCAACCCAGGCCAACCUCUCCCGCACCAUGCCUCCAGUGAUGGCAUCCACCCCCCGCCAGGGAGGAUCUGGUCCUUCCCCUUCGACGGAAGCCUUUAGCCCUCCCCACACGAGAAACCAAGUUGCAUAUGGGGCUCCACCGCCAUCUGGUGGACAACAUGAUGAAUGUCUCAACUUCUCCAGUGUAUCCGGCUCAUCGUCUGAUAGUCAGAUCAUGACUCUGCCCAUGGUCCAGGUGGCGGCGGGAGGAGGACAGUCCAUGCUGGUCUAUCGCCCCUGGACUACACAAGACCUUAUGGACGCAACCAGUCACUUGCCCCCCAUCGACCGAGGUGGACGAGUUUUCUACAGCGACCUUCUCGUCUUCUGCCAACAGUUUAUGCCAACAUCACAAGAACUGAAUCGCAUCCUGAUGCACAAACUGGGACCGACGAAGUUCGCCAAAAUCUCCGCCGCCCUCCCAAGACAGGAUGAAAACCUCAGCCCUUCACACCCUGAAUGGGGCCACAACCGCAACAAUGAUUACAAGGAAUGGCUGGAGAGACUGGGCCUCGCACUCAUUGAAAGUUUCCCUGUCCGCUGUGAGCUCAGCAAGGUCACUGCCUGCAAGCAGAAAGAAGGCGAAGACGUGGCGGACUUCAAACACCGUCUGACCGAAUGCUUUGACGCUCACUCCGGGCUGACGCCGCCUGACGACCCAGAAGGCCCAAUAACACCGUACGAGUCCCACCUCAAGGCCAUGUUUCUGCAAGGCCUACUACCCCACCUGAGAAAAGGGGUAGAAGAUACCUGUAUUGGACUCGACGAAGCUCGCCUCACUGAAGUGGAGCGCCAUGCAUCUCACGCUGAGAGACAACACAAAGCCGAGAAGACGAAGACAAAGAAGUCCAGAGAGUCUGAAACUCACAAGACCCAACUCGCCCUCCUCCAGGCGGUUACAGCACUUCAAGACCAGCCGCCAGCGGGACCACCGCAACAUGGCUACGCCACAAGAGGACGGGGCAUGAACCGAGGCCGCCGCCCAUGGUCCAACCGAACCCAGACUGGGCCACGCAACCUCCCUUCCCAAGACGCCUGCUACUACUGCGGGGAAUCUGGACACUGGAAAUCUAUUGAGUUCCUUGUUGAUUCCGGGGCCACCCACUCUGUUAUCAGAUCAAGUGACCUCCCGGGGGUCAAGAUGAGUGGUCGGUUUUUGUUUUCUACUGGCGCAUCUGGUACCACUGUAAAAGAGAGUUUCACGUCACCACUUCGCACAUUCUGUGACAACCCAUUUACUGUUUUUAAACACUCCUUUCUCCUGUCCCCAUGUUGUCCAAUCAAUCUCAUGGGCCGAGACCUUAUGCUGAGACUGGGCAUUGACCUGGUGUCCACACCAGGAGGGGUUGUCGCUGUGCGCAAAGACUCGACGCCAGAUGGCAACUCAGCCAUGGAGGGAUCCUCGUCGUCCGAGGAACAAGCCCUACAACUGGUCUGCUCUUGCAACGUCGACUUUGAUGAUCUGGUGACGUAUACUCAUGAGGGCCCUCUGUAUAUUUAUCAAUGGAAGGUGUUGACUCCGUAUGAUGUUCCUAUGCUCAGUAUAGCCCACCAAAGGGUUAACCCAUCAGCAGUGUUUAUGUCUCAUGAAGCGCUCCACUGCACCUCCUAUGUUUCCCCACAUCCGGAUGACAAGUACGAAAGCACUUUCUACUCACACAUCCAUGACUCAUUGCAGUUAACUUCCGUGUUUUGGAACACGUGGCGCUGCGCUAUCUCCGUCCAGCUCACUCCCACUCAGUAUGACCUCUUCUUAGUUGAAGGCUCACACCCACACAUCUCAUUGGCAAAGUCCUCCACUGACGAGUGGCAGGACCGAGGGACGUGGGGGGAGGUUUGUACCCAACUGACCGACUGGCAGGGGACCGACGACCCCUCUGUCUCUUACUCUCCCAGUACACAUAUAUACACACAACCAUUUCAUCACCACAUACCUGCCCUGAGGUCACUGCACCUUAACGUCCCAGAUGUGCACACUCAACUUACAAUGUCCAUGACUCCCACUGACGUCCACCCGUCCCUCUCUUGCAUCCCAUCUUCUCUGUGGGCUACUGGGAAAUACGACGUUGGCCUCAUAAGAGGUGCUGAACCAGUCGUAAUAACCCCCAAGUCCUCGUUCCGCCCAAAGCGAUUUCAGUACCCUCUCAAGCCAGAAGCUAUUGAAGGAAUCAAACCUGUGUUCAACUCUCUUCUAGAAGCCGGAGUCAUCGUACCAUGUAACGACUCUCCUGUGUGUACACCCAUUCUACCUGUCAUGAAAGCCAGGGAACCCCCGGCUGAACCAGAGUGGCGCUUUGUCCAAGACCUCAAGGCAGUCAACGCAGCAGUACAUGCACGGGCUCCACGAGUUCCAAACCCAUACACCAUUCUUACUCAGAUCCCGUCUGAUGCUAAAUGGUUCUCUGUUGUCGACCUUUCCAAUGCCUUUUUCAGCGUCCCAGUGCACCCAGACUCCCAGUUCUGGUUCGCCUUCCAAUUCAAUGGCCAGGGCUACCCCUUCACCCGCCUUUGUCAGGGCUAUUGUGAAAGUCCCACCAUUUACAACGAUGCUCUUUGUGAAUCACUGUCAUCUCUGACUCUGUCUCCAGGUUCCGCCCUCCUGCAGUACGUCGACGACCUGCUCAUUGCUGCACCUUCUGAGGAACAGUGUCUAACCGACACCCUUGCGCUCCUCAAACACUUGGCAGCGGAAGGUCACAAAGCCAGCCUGAACAAACUGCAGUUCGUGAGAAGAGAGGUUACUUUUCUGGGACACAUCGUGUCCGCACAAGGGAAAACUCUAUCGCCAAAACGAAUCAGAACUAUUUCUCAGCUCCCUAGACCGGUCACGAAGAAACAACUAAUGUCUCUUUUAGGUCUAUUCUCUUAUUGCCGCAGUUUCAUCCCUAACUACUCGGAAACUGAGAAACCCUUGAGGGCUUUGCUUCACACCACCACACCACAGGGUGGACCUGAUCUCACUUGGACGCCGGAGGCCGACGAUGCUUUCGUCACCCUCAAGACGGCUCUCCAGACCCCUCCAACUCUGGGUCUACCAGAUCCUCAUAAACCUUUUACCCAGACUGUCGAUGAGCGAGCAGGUUGUAUGACUUCUGUUCUCCUUCAACCUCACGGUGACAAAUUGAGGCCUGUGGCGUAUUUCUCCUGUAAACUUGACCCUGUUGCUGCGGGAAUGCCCCGCUGCCUGAGAGCAGUAGCCGCAGCUGAGAAGGCUCUCUUAGCCUCCAGGGACAUUGUGGGCUACGCCCCACUGACUCUUUUGGUACCGCAUUCUGUCACUCUUAUCUUAUCUGAACAGAAAACGUCACAUCUCUCUGCUGCUCGUCAUCUGAGGUACCACACCUGCCUUCUUGAUAUGCCGAACGUCACCGUUCGCCGGUGCAAUGUUCUCAACCCAGCUACGUUGCUUCCCACGGAGGAUGACGGCGAUCCUCACGACUGCAUGGCCGAGCUCUCCCUUUCUUGCUCUCCACGACCUGAUCUCUCAGACAUGCCUCUUUCCAAUCCUGACCUUGUCCUGUUCGUGGAUGGGUCAGCCUCUAGGGAUCCGACUACGGGUCUCAACCACGCAGCGGAAUUGGUGGCUCUCACUGCAGCGUGCGGAGUUGCCGAAGGCCGGUCAGUCACCAUCUACACCGACUCUCGCUAUGCCUUCGGUGUGGUCCACGACUUUGGGGCACUGUGGAGACACAGAGGGUUCUUGAAAUCCGACGGAAAGCCUGUCCUCAACCACAUCUUGAUUGGCCACUUGCUCGACGCGAUUCUCCUUCCUUCCUCCAUUGCUGUCUGUAAAUGCGCAGCACACACUGGCCACGACGACGAGGUGUCCAGAGGCAACGCUCGGGCUGAUGCCGCUGCAAAGGCUGCAGCUAACCGCCCGUGCGCCCCUCAUGUGACCACUCUCUUGCAGGUCGAACCUCCCAUUUCCGUGCCUGAUGAUCUUUCUGCAUUACAGUCCUUUGCUUCCCCGGAAGAACGCCGUACUUGGUCCUCCUGCGGGGCCACCUUUGAAAACGGUGUUUGGCGAGGGCAUGAUGGUAAGCCAUGCCUACCCCGACAUUUCUUUCCCCACUAUGCUAAAUUGACACAUGGACGAGACCAUGUGUCAAAAGGGGGGAUGUGUAUGCAGAUAAACGACACAUGGUUCACUAAAGGGUUUUCAACCUACGCUCAAGAUUUCUGCAAAAGAUGCAUCACUUGCGCCACAUACAAUCCAGGCCGACCAAUUCAGCUAACACAACAGGCAGCACACCCUCCACCCACCAGACCCUUCGAGCAUGUCAUGAUGGAUUUCAUUGAACUGUCCCCAUCAGAGGGUAAGUCUCAUUGCUUAGUGAUGGUGGACAUGUGGUCAAAAUGGGUAGAAGUGUUCCCUUCCACUAAGCAAACCGCAUCAGUAGUGGCAAAGGCACUGCUGACGGAAAUCAUUCCCAGGUGGGGGAUCCCAGGUAAGUUGUCGAGCGACAAUGGUCCACACUUUGUCAAUUCCGCCAUCUCUGAGGUAAGUAAGUACAUAGGCAUAGACCUGAGGACACAUUGUGCUUACCAUCCCGCGUCUGGCGGGGCAGUAGAGAGAGAGAAUGGCACAUUGAAAAGUAAGCUGGCAAAGUGCUGUGCCGAGACUGGACUUCCGUGGACACAGGCACUGCCACUAGUAUUGAUGUACAUGAGAAUGCGUAGACGAGAACGCAGCGGUCUCAGCCCAUAUGAGAUCCUGUUCGCAGUCCCACCCUCUGUGGGGCUUCACAAACCGACAGGUCCGCUCCCGUCUACCACCCUCUGUGAAAACAACAUGUUGAAUUAUUGUGUUAACCUCUCUCGAAUGCUUUCAAACAUCAGGCAACAGGUGGCUGCAGCACUU